GAUAUAUACUGUUUAUAAGUGUAUCACUCAUUCAGAAAUGGCUCAAUCAGGUUAAGGCUCAUCGUUCGUCUUCUACAAACCCCCCAAAAGAUUGCAACUUUUUCCUCAGUCGUCUUGCUUUCUAACGAACACUUCGUGAAUAUAUGCACUUAUCAACAUCCAAUCAUAAGUUUUUGCAGUAACAACUAACAAUGAGUGCAGAUAAUCUCAAUUCUGAAGCUGAUGAUUCCAGCUCCAACUCCUUCACUUCACCACCUUCUUCACCUAACCACAAACCUAAACACCCUAAAACCAAAACCAUCAAGAGAAGCCGAGAUUCCAGCACCAAGCACCCUAUCUACCGCGGCGUUAGAAUGCGUAACUGGGGCAAAUGGGUGUCCGAAAUCCGUGAGCCGAGGAAAUCACGGAUAUGGCUCGGAACUUACCGGAACCCUGAAAUGGCCGCUCGUGCACACGACGUCGCUGCACUUAGCAUCAAGGGUAACUCAGCCAUUAUUAAUUUUCCGGAUUUGGUUGGGUCGUUGCCUCGACCCAUUUCGUCGUCUCCGAGGGAUGUACAGGCUGCAGCAGCUAAAGCAGCUGCCAUGGACACGUUUGACUUUCCACCUCCACCCUCCACGGUGGUGUCGGAGCCGGAGGAACUGAGUGAGAUAACGGAGCUUCCAAUUCUUGGAAGUUUUGAGUCUGCUGAGUUGAAUAAUGAGUUCGUGUACAUCGACUCGAUGGUGGAUGGAUGGCUCUACCCACCACAUGAAUGGAUUAAUAAAAGCGGUGACGACGACGGUGGGCAUUAUUCCGGUCAGAAAAAUGUGGUUUCCAAUGAGUUUGAAUCUUUAUUGUGGAAUUAUUAAUGUGUGUGUUUUCGACUUUUUUUCUUUCUUUUUUUUUUCUCUGUUUAACCCUUUAGCUUUCUACUUCCAAAAUCUUCUCCCAAAAAAUAUUGUGAUGAAGGAUGUUUCUAAUUAUUUUGUUUAUAUGUUAGGACAAAAGAAUUAAAUUGAUCGGAGAUUAUAACAUGUCGUUUUCUCGCACAACAACGAGGGAUGGUUUUCUCAA